UCCCACACACUCCCACACACUCACACACACUCUCACACACUCACACACACUCACACACACUCUCCUAUUGCACACAAUACAUCAUGAGCACCGUAAAAAGCUACACAUUCCUGUCGAUGGAUGGUGGAUUCUUGAAACAUGCUCCCGUUUUCUCUCUGGAAGAAAGAAAGCUCUGGAAAUAACUUUGCCUCUCUGCCUCUUCUUUCAGUUUGGGCUUAAAAAAAACUCCUAAUUUAAGCACAAGAAAAAUAUCCUCCUUUCUUGGGUCCUGCAAUUGAAUACAGUCUUUGUGACCAUUAAGACGGUUUCAGUGAUUCAUUCUAAGCUGUAAGUGGAUUAUGGCGGUGAUAUUUUGGGGAUUUCUCUUUAGCUUCAAGAAAUAUCCAUGACUGGUGGAUUUAGGUCUGUCAGAGAGGAGAGAUCCUGGCGCUUGUCUGCUCUCCUCGCCGCUGGAUUACAGAUGGGCUUUGUGCUCGGUCUGCGCUGCCUCGCAGAUGAUCGCACCCUGUCAUUCAUCACCAUAAAGUACAGGGAAAAACAAGUGGCUUCAGCUCAGGCUGGGAUUGAUUGAAGUGAUCGGUGUGGAUCCUAUUAGUGCAUCCUGGACUGCAGCCAAGCUGUAUGGAGGGGAACACCGUCGUUUAACCCCCCUGUCGGCACACAUCCACACCAGGUGACUGAGGACCCUGGGUACCCCCCCCCCCCGAUACUGCAACCCCCCUCUCUCUGACACCACACCCUGUACCCCACCCCCCCGUGCCAGAAUGGUGCCCCCCCCUCCCACCAACAAGCCCCAUGUUUGCCUGUCCACCAUUCUGAUCAUGAGCAGCAUGGCGCUGAUCGACGCCUACCUGGUGGAGCAGAACCAUGGCCCCAGAAAGAUCGGCAUCUGCAUCAUGGUGAUGGUGGGAGACAUCUGCUUCCUCAUCGUGCUGCGCUACGUGGCCGUGUGGGUGGGCGCUGAGGUGAGGACGGCCAAGCGUGGCUAUGCCAUGAUCCUCUGGUUCCUCUACAUCUUCGUGCUGGAGAUCAAGGUGUACUUUGUGUACCAGAACUACAAGGCCGACAGGAAGAGUCUGGAUGCCCUGGCGCGCAAGGCCCUCACGCUGCUGUUAUCCAUCUGCAUCCCGGUGCUGUUCGUGGUCCUGGUGGCCAUCGACCACAUGGAGUAUGUCCGGGCCUUCAAGAAGAGGGAGGAGAUCCGGAACCGCCUGUUCUGGGUGGUGGUGGACCUGCUCGACAUCCUGGACAUCCAGGCCAACCUGUGGGAGCCGCAGAAGAAAGGGCUCCCCCUGUGGGCGGAGGGCCUCAUGUUCUUCUACUGCUACAUCCUGCUGCUGGUGCUGCCCUGCGUGUCCCUCAGUGAGAUCAGCAUGCAGGGCGUCAACAUCGUGCCCCACAAGAUGCUGCUGUACCCCAUCCUCAGCCUGGUGACCAUCAACGUCAUCACGCUGUUCAUCCGGGGAGGCAACAUGAUCCUUUACAGGGACGCCAGGGUCUCGGGGAUCCUGAUAGGCAAGAACGUGCUGGCCAUCAUACUAAAGACCUGUAGCUUCGUGCAGUACAGAAGACAGCUGCAGAGCGCCCCCCCUGCGUUCGGGGUGGAGUUGCAGAAGAACUCGGUCCCCCACAGCCGGCCGGUUGCCAGCACGGCCCAGGUGGUCAUGCAGGACCAGACGCCCCUGCCUGAGGUGGCCACGUGCGAGCACACAUGACACACGGGGCGCCGCGAGGCGGGCGGGCGGGAACAAGGAAACACAGAGUUUGUGACCCACCGGACCCUGUUGGGGAGGAACAGCCCGUGUGCUCAUGGGCUGGUGAGCGGGGCCUCUGGUGGGCUGGUGAGCAGGGCCUCUGGUGGGCUGGAGGUCAGGGCCUCUGGUGGGCUGGAGGUCAGGGCCUCUGGUGGGCUGGAGGUCAGGGCCUCUGGUGGGCUGGAGGUCGGGGCCUCUGGUGGGCUGGAGGUCGGGGCCUCUGGUGGGCUGGAGGUCAGGGCCUCUGGUGGGCUGGAGGUCGGGGCCUCCGGUGGGCUGGAGGUCAGGGCCUCUGUUAGUUCUCCACAGCCCUCAGGACUGCUGAGUCAAGCAGCCGUGACGUGUCCACAAGGCCACCCGGAGAGUUAACCACAGAACAUCCAACGAGUCCGUUACCACAUUUCUCUCUGUGAAUUCAGUAAUUUGUGUAUUUUUUCUAAACAAACUAAAAAAUUCGAACUAAAGCUUUAGAUAUAUAUUUUUUAAAUAGUGAGUGUUGCAAUAUAAGCAAAACGUUUGUUGUGCUGUGCUGUUGUCAGGUUUGUUUCUUUUGCAGGGUCUGUUUUCAGUGUGUGUGUUGGGAUUCAUUAAAGUCACACUGACAAUGAAAAAGGGCAACUAAAAAAGCUUGUUUGUGAGAGGAACAUGUG